AUGUUGAUAACAUGUCAACUAUGUAAUUCUACUCUGUCAAAUGUCAUAAGUUUUUCAUCGCAUGUUUCUCAGAAACAUAAACAGCAUGUUCGAGCUCAAAAUAACAAUGAUGUGAACGAUGAUAGUGACAAUUAUAAUGAGUUUCCUCAACUAGACAACAACUAUGCGGUAUUCUAUGUGUCUGAAGCAGCGAUUGCUUACGUUGCAACAAAUUUAGCUGAUGUUCUUGAAUGGAUGUUACAACAUCAACAAACCUAUCGGCUACAAAGCAAUCGUUUGCGAGCCGUUGGUAAAUAUUUUGGCUAUUGUACUCCACGAAGUGAGAGCGCUUUGAGUCUAGCACAUUUUUUAUCGCUUCCAGAAGUACAAGUUGAUGUGGAGUGUUCUGCUAUCUCACAUAAUCGUGUAAUGUUUGACGUACAUGACGGAGCAUUUGCCACACCACACGGUGUUUUUAACGGAAAUAAACACCGCAAUUUUAAAAAUCUACCUAAAACGUGUGCCAAACAUCAUCAAGCAUGGGAAUGUACAAAAGACUACAACAGUGAUGGGUCAUUAUUGUCUUGUGUUUUGGGAAAUGCAACAAUUCUUCAAUAUGUGAAACCUGUCUCAGGCGAUACAUUAUCCGACGGUGCACAAUUUGAUCUGCCAAUGUCUCCUACACACACAGCUAAAAUUGUCAAGAUCAACGGUACCAAUUAUGCGAUUGGCACCGUUCUUUAUGCAACCAACGAUUACUUGUCAGAUGAUAAACCCAAGUUCGUUCAAAUAGCUAACAUUUUCGUUCGUGAUCAAACACCAACAUUGAAAAAAUCAUUAAUCAUUAUCAAAAAAUUCAUUAUUCGAUUUUUAAAAACCAUUCAAUUUAAUGAACAAACACGUGCGUUUGAAGUCGUCAUCACACAAAUAUUUGGCACUGUUGCGCCGAAGAAUUUGAAAUACGUUCGGCCUCUCAAAAUGAUCGAUAUCAAUGGCACCAAUUAUGUUGCUUUAACGCCUUUUGGCAGCGUAUUCAUAGCUAUCUAG